CGGGGGGAUGACUCGGGAGGGCUUUCCCACGGUGCCCACGGGCGCGGUUGACUCGCGGCCUGGACCCUCAGCAGCUGUGCUGUUUGUUGAGACCGCCUCAUGCACCUCAGGCUGGCCUCGGACUUCUGACCCUCCUGCUCUCACCUCGCUAGUGCUGGGAUUACAGGCGCGGUGGCCGGACUUGGGGCUCUGUGGACCGGUGCCAGCCCAAACCGUCCUUUCUGUAUUGCUCAGCGGCCCUGUCUCUGGCUCGGAGACCUAGAUCUGGGUUAAGCGUCCGUUGACUUCUGCUUACCUUGAAGUCCCUGUUGAUGCUUAGCUUUUCUCUCCUUCCCCAAACCUCAGCAUCUAAUAAGUGCCUCUCACCCCUAGAGGAAUCCAGGAUGGCUACCUUGAUCUUUGUUGAUAAGGAUAACAGAGAACCAGGCAGCCGUGUGGUUCCUAAGGAUGGGCUGAAGCUGGGCUCCAGUGCAGUCAAAGCCUUAGAUGGGAAAUCGCAGGUUUCAACACCACGAGUUGGCAAAGUAUUCAAUGCUCCACCUGCCCUACCUAAAACUGGCAGAAAGGCUUUGGGAACUGUCAACAGAGCUACAGAAAAGCCACUGAAGACCAAUAGACCUCUGAAGCAAAAACAGCCAACUUUCACUGUGAAAAAGAUCACCGAGAAGACAGUUAAAGCAAAAAGCUCUGUUCCUGCUUCUGAUGAUGCCUAUCCAGAAAUAGAGAAGUUCUUUCCCUUCAAUCCUCUAGAUUUUGAGAGUUUUGACCUGCCUGAGGAACACCAGAUUGCACACCUCCCCUUGAGUGGAGUGCCUCUCAUGAUCCUGGAGGAGGAGAGAGGACUUGAGAAGCUGCUGCACCUGGACCCUCCUUCCCCUGUGAAGACCCCCUUUCUGCCAUGGGAGUCUGGUCCGUUGCAGUCCACCUCCAGCAUUCUCUCCACCCUGGAUGUCGAACUGCCGCCUAUUUAUGAUACAGAUAUUUAAACCUAUUCCUUUAGUGUUUGUGCAUAUUGUAUUAAUAAAGCAUUUUUGUGUGUA